AUGCGGUACGGCCGCCAGCUGGUCGAGAAGCAGCGUUGGGUGCAGAGGGCGGUGGCGGGUGCGAGAGCGCCUCUGGAGGCAGUCCGUCGCAUACGGCCGUCCCCGCGCCAGCUGCGCUACGCGCACCGCACGGUGUGGACCUUCUCAGAGGAAGGCGGCGAGGUUAGCUUCGGACCCGCGGGUGCGCUGCGUGACCAGGACGCAGAGCUUGCGCACGACGACCCCGAGCCACCUUCAGGUUGUGUGCUGCCGCAGCGCGCUGUGACGCGCACACUGGAAGCCGUUUGGUCCGCAUUCCAGGAGUUGCGCGGGGCGAAUCCCGCAGCCUACAGCGUCUACGAGGAGAAGCGUGGCCUCGGGACGUUCAAGGCCGCGGAGGUCCUGUGCGCUCGCGUGCCGCGCCACGAGCUCGGCAGAAAGCCUGGCGGCCGGCGGACAGAGCUGCUGCUGAACCUCGUGCUCGCCCACGACACCGACGUCGAGAGCGUCUUGGAGCCGCUGGCCACUGCGCUGCGUGCCCAGGCGCCCAAGUGCCUGGUCGGGGUGGUCGCCAACGUGUCCCGCGCGAAGCUGGCGGUGAUGGGUGGGCGCAGGGAGGUGCUGCUGCACGGCCGGCGCUGCGUGCGGGACGGCUUUGCCCUCCGCGUGGGCGGCGCUCCCCGCCACUUCGCGCUCGAGGUGGGGGCCGGCUCGCGCCUGCUGGCGCAUGCCGCGCUGCUGCCGGAGGUGGCCCGGGCCGCGGUGGAGAUGAGUGGCGCGGGCGGCACGGACGUGGUGUGGCACUCUUCUGCGGCGGAGGAGAGUUGA